GAUCUGGAAUCGAAAUCUCAAUCACUUCAACUCACAGUCGAUCGACUAAGUCUGGCACUGACCAAAUCCGAGGAGUUGGAAAGUGCGAGCAAGGAUAAAAUGCAACAAAUGAGUCUCAGUCUGUCAGAUCACAAUCAAACAAUCCAAGAUCUACAACAACGUCUGUCGCAUCUACAGAAGGCUUUGACAACGUCCGAACAGGAUCGGCGCAUUGCACAGGAACGUUUGGAUAACACACGCGUCAUGCUCCAGGAACACAAACUUCAAAACCAACAAAUGAGCGAAAGGCUUCAAAAUCUGCAAAAUGAACUGACCGAUUUGGAUAUCAGACGGGGUGAAUUGGAAAGUCAGAAUCGACAAAUCAAUAACACGUUGACAAGACGACAGGAAACUGAACACGAUUUGAAUAAACAGUUACAAGCAGUAAACCAGCCUAUAAUCAAAGUGUUCAAUUUGAUCCGAUCCAAACAAAUGCAGGCACUCCGAGAGCGGCAAGAAUUACAAGAACGUGUGGCCAGUUUGCAACGAACUUUGUGUGAAACGGAAGCGGCUAGAGAUCAACUUCUACAGGCUAGUACCAAUCUAGAAAAGGAUCGACAUUGUCUGCGAAGGCACUUGGAAAAAGUGGAAAAGGAAAAAAUACAGCAUGAGGAAAUUCUCAGCAAGGGCAAUUUGGAUCGGACGGAACUGGAACUCACGCUGAGACGGCUUGAGGAAGAAAACGCCGAUCAGAAGAGACAGGUGCACUAUCUACAAACUCGACUAAACGAAUUGGAACAAAUGCACGCUCAACGUCUGGCCGAGGUGGCCAGUAAACAACGCGCGGAGACCGAGAUGGAAAUGGAACGAUUACGGCACAACCAGAUUCAAGCGGAGCGUGCAUUGGAGGCGCGUGAACGUGCACAUCGACAGCGCGUCAAAGUAUUGGAAGAUCAGAUGGGUGCAAUCCGUGAGCAGUUAGCAACAGAGACCCGAAAACGUCAACAACUUCUGAGUGGGAAAUCUGGAGCAGUGUCAGGGUUACCAACGAAAUUGAGUGAAAAACCGUUUUCAGGAAAUUCACGUGAGGUUCGACGGCACUUGGAGUCCGCAGAUAUUCCAGUGAAAGCGUACCUCUCAACUGGUGACCUUCGUCGUGGCACAUGUUGCUCUGGAACCGAGAAGAAGACUAGUCUCGAUCGAACUAGAGCGAGCGGUCGAGGGCUUCAUUUGAGUCGAAAAUGA